AUGUGCUUUAGCAAAACUGACCAAUAUACUAAGUUGACUCACCUCCAACCCCAGCCAAAUUCACCCGAUCCGUCCCAGCUCCCCAAACCCGUCGCCGCCGGAGCCGUUUCGCCCGCGUCCGCCGGCCGGAGCAACUCCUCGUCGUCCCCCUCCUCCCAUCAGUCGUUCCGGACGCAUUUGGCUUCCUUCGUUGUUAAGGAUAAGGAAGCCCUAGCUUGCUUGAAUUCAUCCCUUCCGUUUCCUUUUCUUUUUGCUGCUGAUAACGAACAAUCUCGAAUCCCUCACUUGGGCGCGAUGCAGGGUGGUCCGAUCUUGCCGCGUCGGCCAAGAAGCUCCGUUCUAGGUUUGGACGUCCUCGCAAAGAGGAAACGAGAAUCACAAGGCAGCGACGCAUUCAGGCCUCGUCCCCACAAGGAACAAGUGGCGGCCGAGCAUAGAUCAGGAGAAAUCGCGAGAACCGAUUGCCGCCGCCGAUGGGAAUGGGAAGCUACACCUCGUCGGGAGUACCGUGAUGAUCCACCUGCAUCCCAACGGCAACAUCCGGCACCAUCCCCGUGGGACAAUGUGUAUUCUUUGCCUUCUGCGCCUGUACGCCCUUCUGGCUCCUCAAAAGUGCCUUCUUCUUCGCGCAAUGACACCGAAGCUGGUACAAGGCCCCCAACAGCCGAUGGAAAAUUUAAGGUCACCGAGGAGAUGAUGCAGGAGAUGGAUUACAAUGCUGACCGCACAUGGUAUGGUUGUGAAGAACAUAGCAGUAUAUUCAAUGUCGGUGAUUAUCUUGGAGAUGAUGCUUCCUUUCAGAAUAAGAAGGCAAAAUUGCUCAAGAAGAUGACUCGCCAAGAUGGAAGCCUGAUGACUCUUGCUCAGAGCAAAAGGUUAUCACAGGUAACCGCUGAGAAUGCUCGGUGGGAGGACAGGCAGUUGUUCAGAUCAGGAGCUGUUAGAAGAACAGAGGUGCAGAUGGAGUUCGACGAUGAGGAGGAGCGUAAGGUGAUACUACUUGUUCAUGACACGAAACCCCCAUUCCUUGAUGGACGAGUAGUGUUCACAACACAAGCAGAGCCUGUGAUGCCACUCAAGGACCCGACAUCUGAUAUGGCUAUCAUUGCGCGCAAAGGUUCUCUUUUGGUUAGGGAAAUUCGUGAAAAGCAGAGUAUGAACAAGUCAAGGCAACGCUUCUGGGAGCUUGCUGGAUCUAAGCUAGGAAAUAUUUUGGGUGUUGAGAGAACAGCCCAGCAGGCUGAUGCUGACAGUGCGCUUGUUGGUGACCAAGGUGAUGUUGACUUCAAAGAGAAGCUGAAAUUUUCACAACACUUGAAGGAAAAGGCAGAGGCAGUCAGUGAUUUUGCAAAAUCGAAAUCUCUUUCUCAACAGAGGCAAUACCUUCCCAUAUACACUGUCAGGGAUGGCCUGCUCGGAGUUGUGCGGGAAAAUCAAGUGGUUGUGGUCGUUGGUGAAACUGGUUCUGGGAAGACUACCCAGCUGACUCAGUAUCUGCAUGAGGAUGGAUAUACCAGAACUGGCCUUGUUGGCUGCACUCAGCCAAGACGUGUGGCUGCCAUGAGUGUUGCUCGGCGUGUCAGUGAUGAAAUGGAAACCGUGCUUGGAGAAGAAGUUGGAUAUGCUAUUCGAUUCGAGGAUGUCACGUGUCGUAACACAAAAAUAAAGUACAUGACAGAUGGAGUGCUCCGUGAAACCUUGAAGGAUGCUGACCUGGACAAAUAUCAGGUUAUCAUCAUGGAUGAAGCACACGAGAGAUCAGUGGACACCGAUGUAUUGUUUGGUAUAUUGAAGAAGGUUGCUGCACGGCGACGGGAUUUUAAGCUAAUUGUCACAUCUGCAACACUAAAUGCAGACAAAUUCUCAAAAUUCUUUGGUGGUGCACCUGUAUUUCACAUACCUGGAAGGACAUUUCCAGUUAAUAUCUUGUACAGCAAAACACCAUGUGAAGAUUAUGUGGAAGCGGCAGUGAAGCAGGCCAUCACAAUCCACAUAACGAGUGGCCCUGGCGACAUUCUCAUAUUCAUGACUGGGCAGGAAGAAAUCGAGACUGCUUGCUAUGCGUUUGCUGAGCGCAUGAAACAGCUAAUAUCAUCAUCCACCAAGGUUGUAGGCAAGCUCUCAAUCUUGCCCGUCUAUUCGCAGUUGCCUGCUGACUUGCAGGCCAAGAUCUUUCAGAAGGCAGGAGAGGGCACUCGCAAAUGCAUUGUUGCUACCAACAUCGCUGAGACAUCCCUGACAGUAGAUGGUAUCUUGUAUGUCAUCGAUACUGGGUAUGGAAAGAUGAAGGUAUACAAUCCACGGAUGGGCAUGGACGCUCUUCAGGUUUUUCCAUGUAGUCGAGCAGCCGCAGACCAGCGCGCAGGGCGUGCAGGAAGAACUGGCCCCGGCACAUGCUACAGGCUGUUCACGGAAUCCGCUUACCAGGAUGAGAUGCUCCCUAACCCCGUGCCAGAGAUCCAAAGGACCAACCUUGCGAACGUGGUUCUCUUACUGAAAUCCCUCGAAGUCGAAAAUUUGCUUCAUUUUGACUUCAUGGACCCACCUCCCCAGGAGAAUAUCCUCAACUCCAUGUACCAGCUCUGGCUGUUGGGUGCCUUGAACAAUGCCGGUGGCCUUACAAAUCUAGGCUGGAAGAUGGUGGAGUUCCCAUUGGACCCAACCCUGGCAAAGAUGCUUCUCAUGGGUAAGGAGCUGGGGUGCGUUGAUGAAGUACUGACGAUUGUAUCCAUGCUCUCAGUGCCAUCAGUAUUCUUCCGCCCAAAAGAUCGAGAAGAGGAGAGUGACACUGCAAGGGAGAAGUUUUUUGUACCGGAGUCUGACCAUCUAACACUCCUCAAUGUAUACCUGCUCUGGAAGUCGAACGAAUAUAGCGUAGACUGGUGCAAUGCUCACUUCCUCCAUUUCAAGGGUCUACAAAAGGCUCGGGAAGUGAGAUCUCAAUUGGUGGACAUACUGAACACCCUGAAGAUCCCGCAGACAUCAUGCCAUAGGGAAUGGGACGUGGUGAGGAAGGCCAUCUGCUCAGCGUACUUCCAGAACUCUGCAAGGUUGAAGGGUGUUGGAGAGUACGUCAACUGCCGUAAUGGGGUGCCGUGCCACCUGCAUCCCAGCAGUGCCCUCUACGGUCUCGGCUAA